UGCGUCCAUGCAAAAUCUCCACACGCCACACCACAUCACCGUUCUCCUAAUCUUCCCAAAACACCAAAUCUUUUCCUUUUCCUUCCAAAAUUCGUUUCGCAUUUAAUCACUUAUUAACCCCAAACAAACCAAAAAACCGUAACAGAAACGCCACUCUCUCCCCCUCUAAAUUCACUGUUUUUAAUCUUUGUUAUUGUUACUUUCUAGUAACUGCAUUGUUCUUUGAAUAAUGGCGGUUCCAUCGACGAUAUCGGCGACGGCAACGGCGUCUCUUUACGUCGGUGAGCUACACUGCGACGUGAGUGAUGGACAACUUGUUGAUGCAUUCUCAGAGUUUAAUACUCUUGCGUCCGUUCGUGUUUGUAGAGACUCUUCUACUGGCAGGUCUCUUUGUUAUGGUUACGUCAACUUUAUCUCUCCUGAGGACGCUAUUCGGGCCAUUGAGACAAAGAAUCACACUCCCUUGAAUGGAAAGCUGAUGAGGGUCAUGUGGUCCCACCGUGAUCCUGAUGCAAGAAGAAAUGGAAUAGGAAAUGUGUAUGUUAAGAAUUUGAGUGAGUCAAUUGAUAAUGUGGGGCUUCAAGAACUAUUUGGCGAAUUUGGGACUGUUCUGUCUUGUAAAGUCGCUACUUUUGAGGAUGGGAAGAGUAAAGGCCAUGGUUUUGUUCAAUUUGAGUCCGAGGAUUCUGCAAAUUCUGCUAUUGAGAAGCUAAACGGCUCCAUUGUUGGUGAUAAGCAGAUAUAUGUCGGAAAGUUUGUUAAAAAGAGUGACCGAGUUUUGCCAAGCCCUGAUGCUAAAUAUACCAAUUUAUAUGUGAAAAACUUGGAUCCUGGCAUCACAGAAGAGCUUCUGCAAGAGAAGUUCUCUGAAUUUGGGAAAAUUGUUAGCGUGGCGAUUGCAAGGGAUGAAUGUGGGAGCUCAAGAGGAUUCGGCUUUGUCAAUUUCGAAAAUCCAGAUGAUGCUAGAUGGGCCAUGGAAAGAAUGAACGGCACAGAGCUUGGUUCAAAGGUUCUCUAUGUAGGAAGGGCACAAAAGAGAGCAGAGCGUGAACAGAUUUUGCGCCGUCAAUUUGAAGAGAAACGCAAGGAGCAGAUCACAAAAUUUAAGGGCUCAAAUGUAUAUGUAAAAAACAUUGAUGAUGAUGUCACUGAUGAAGAGCUGAGAGAACAUUUCAGCCAAUGUGGUACAAUUACAUCAGCAAAACUUAUGAAAGAUGAUAAAGGAAGAAGUAAGGGGUUUGGAUUUGUAUGCUUCUCCAGCUCUGAGGAGGCCAGUAAAGCCGUGAACACUUUUCAUGGAUAUAUGUUUCACCGCAAGCCAUUAUAUGUGGCUAUUGCUCAAAGGAAGGAGGAAAGACAAGCACAAUUGCAAUUGCAGUAUGCUCAAAGAAUAGCUGGAUUCCAUGGACCAUCCACUCCUGUUAUUCCUGGCGGAUAUACUCCCCUUUACUACACAGCUCCUUCACAAGUACAUCCAAGGCCUGGGAUGAUGUACCAGCCUUUGGCUAUGAGGCCAGGAUGGAGGGGUAAUGGCUUUGCACCCCCAAGCAGACCAGUCUUUCAACCAUCACAUCUUCCAGUUAUGCCUAUUAGUCAAAGACAGCACAAGCAGGGCAGAGUGAGGAUGAAUGGGCAUGUUCUUCCUCAGGGUGGUACUCAAUCUGUCUCAUAUGUUCAACAGCCCGCUCAACCACUAACUUCAUUAAAAGAUCCAAGCAACCAGCGAGCUGGGCAGGCCAAGUAUGUACCCAAUGGUCGUACAUGUGAUGUAAGCAAAGGAUCUGGAGUCUUAUCUGCUGCUCCCAAUUCCACUGGUCCAGUGUCUCAAGGAUCAGAGGUGCUGAGUAGCAUGCUUGCUGCUGCUUCCCCUGAUGAGCAAAAACAGAUUUUAGGGGAGCAGCUUUACCCACUUGUCCGGAAGCAUAAGGUAAUUCAAAAAAAAUUUACUUCUUCAGUAAUGCGGAUAAAGCUAGGUCUUCUUAUGUUUAAUGACACGUUUUAAGGUCUAUACAUAUGG